UCCACGGCUUAUCCGUGAUUAGUGCGAUUCGGAUCAAAAUCACGAUCUUGCAAAAUGUCGAGAUUUAUAAUUAUCCAUAGAUUUUGCUGCAUUAAAAUAAUCCUCACGGUGAUUGGUCUCGUCCAAAUUUUACUGAUUGUACUCGAGAUGUGGCAUCAGUCAGAAAUCCGUGAAGACUCCGAAACCACCAAAAUUUUCCAGUAUAGCCGAAUCGCUUGUGAGAUAUUGAUGUUUUUGGUUGGGCUCGUUUUCACAGUUUCGAUACGACUGGUUAACGGGAAACUUUUGGCCGUAUGCAUGCCGAUACUUUUAGUGUUAGGGCUUUUUCGAAAAAUGUCGACACUUUAUUACAUUUGUCUCCUCCGUGGAAAAUCCUCUUCCUGGACACAUCACUCCACUACAGCCAGUGCCAUGUCUUUCGUCACAACGAUGUCGUACGCCUUCAUUUACAACUGGGUUCUUACUUUCGUCUGGAAAAACAAAAUUUGUCGGAUCACAGAGACACAUACGGAAAAAUUUUGUGGACUUCGGAUCACAAAAUUGCUCGCGGCUUCUUCAAUAAACUCAAUUCUGGCACUAAUAUUUCUGUUCUGGAAUCGUAUCUCCAUCUAUAUUAAUAGUGACUGGAGACGUGCAGUUUUUUCGGAAAUUUGGUACACAGUUUGUUCUCCAUUUUUGACCCUGCCGAUAACAAUUUUGUUAGGAAUGAUCUUAUACAAUUUACUGAUCGGUUUGAGGCAGAAAUCUAUUCCUAACUUGAAACGUUGUAGUAACGCGAUGUGGCUUUUUAUCGCAUUUUUUGGAGCCACCAAAGUUUUAUGGACUUCGCAAGAAAGGGAUGUCCUUGUCCUGACGAAUGUUCGAUUUGUCGCCCUUUGCAUUCUUUUCGUAUUCAACAUUUGCCAUGUCCUGGGAACAGUUACGCUUUUGUUUCUGCACGUUAAAAAUUUAAAGCAGGCUCGGAAGCCUGGUAAUCUGGGGAAGAAAAGCUCAUCACAUGAUACAGAAUACAAGAGCGGCAAAGACGAACUAAACAUUCGUUCCAUUCCAGCAAACAGAAUUAAAGUGGAAGCCAUUUCAAUCGGGACGGGAUUCUCUUCUACCGUUCAUCCCGGUCAGGUAAGGUCCUCGUCGCACCACGGAAAAUCCUCCACAACGACACCAGUUGCGAUUAAGAUAGUCUCCAAGACGAUCAACAGCACAGUAAUUUUCCAAGAGUUGAAAAACAUGGCGAGAUUAAUGAUCCCACGGGAGGGGAAGACGCAUCCCAACGUGAUUUAUUUCUUGGGAGCCUGUUUCCUAAAUUCUGAAACACCAAGUAAUCCUUUAGGACCGGUCAACAUUAUCAUGGAACUUUGUCGCCAUGGAAGUUUGAUCCAGUAUUUACGCCGAAUUAGGGAUGACCCAGAAAACUCACGAGACCCGACACAAUUGGAUAAGUGGUCCCUUCAAGUCGCGAAUGGAAUGACGUUUUUGGCAGAAUUAAAUGUAACACAUUUAGUUCAUAGCGAUAUUGCUGCCCGUAAUGUUCUCUUGGAUGAUAAAUUAGUCGCGAAAAUAUCGGAUUUCGGCAUGUCCAGAAAAUUGUACGAUUACCAAAUGUAUGCCACCCUAGAACAAAAGGAAUAUCCUUGGAAAUGGAUGGCCCCCGAGAGCCUGGAUCGGCUCCAGUUUACCCACCAAUCCGAUGUCUGGUCUUAUGGCGUCUUGCUCUGGGAAAUUUACAGCCUGGGCGAAACCCCGUGGCCCGGGUUGACAUGGACGUCCGAUUUUGUACACAAGUUACACAACGGACUACGACUGGAACGACCUUUUUGGGCGGAUAAAAAUAUAUUUGUAAUCAUGCAAACCUGUUGGCAAUUGGAGCCUGGGGAAAGACCAACAUUUUCUCAAAUUUCGAAACAACUGCUUCAAGAUUUUAUAAUUAACAAAUCAUGAAGUUUUGUCAUGCCGAAAUUACUUGGGCGCAAAAAUUUCAGUUUUCAUUUACUUCUGCUAUUUAUUUUAGCUAGAAAAUAACAACACUUAUUAAUUUGGUGUGAUACAUAAUUGCAGAUAAAUUCUGCGUAUCGAUUAUUUUAAAAAUUACUUCAUCAAAUUGUUAUGUCCAGGUUUAUGUAUUUCGUGAAAACUACAAAGAUUCUUCAAAUUUUCAAUAUCUCAAUUCGCUUUCCAUUUUUUCUACGGUGUAGAGAAUUUGAUCAAUUCGUAAUCUUGCAUAUUUACAUUAAUUGUCAAUUCGUUUAGCAAGUUAAACCGAAAUAUAUGAAAUGGUGAAAUCAUUUAAGGAUAGCGCGUAUUAAGCAUUAUGGGUUUUCCGGAGAUUUGAUACCCCAAAAACCCACCAAAACUCCGGGUAGCGAACCCUGUGGCAAUUGUUUGAUGACAAAGUGCACAAUACCAUUUUGAACACACUUUUAUGACAACUGCAAUUUACAACUUUCUACGUACAUAAGUACUGAAUUAUCUUCAUAUCCGGCCUGUUAUCAAAUUAGUGUAACUCCACUUAAAUUAAUGAUCAACUCCCACACCAACUUAAGAAUAACAGAUUAUCUACACAUGCACCGCUUACGUGCUAUUAAAUUGCUCAUAAAUUAAGUAUGGGAUACAUGAAAUAUUUGUGCACUUAUUGUUUCACUCCUUAUGUAAAUAUGUACCUACAUAUAUAUGUACAUAUUUACUGUAUAAACACUAAUGUUAUUCUACACCCAAGUUUUGCAAAUAAUUCGCCAAAUUUUGCAGCCCACCUUCCUGUUAUUGGCACAACCAAGUAUUUGUUUACUGUCCAGAAACUUUUUAAUUCUAUACAUAAAACUAGCUAUUUUUGUUGAUUGUAAUACACUGUUAAAAAUCUGCUAUAGGUACUGAUUUCUCGGUAUUAAAGCUGAUACCAUUUGGUAUUACAAUUAUAAAGAUAAGUAAAAGUUUACUAUCGAUACGAUCAGCGUUUAAUACCGAACUAUUACUUCACCAUAAGUAUCUAUUAAAUUCCUACUUGUCGAUAUCAUUUUGGUAUUAUUUUAAUACUGAAUUUCCAAGAGUGUACAUCAAUAUGUAACUAAAUUGAAAAACAAUAUAAAUGCAAACGUGCAACUUACC